AUGGUUAUGAGGACUGACACUUUGGUGGCGAUGUGGACUGAAGACUUGUUGGUUAUGAGGAAUGACACUUCGGUGGCCGUGUGGACUGAAGCCUUGAUGGUUAUGAGGAAUGACACUUUGUUGGCCAUGUGGACUGAAGCCUUGUUGGUUAUGAGGACUGACACUUUGGUUGCUAUAUGGACUGAAGACUUGUUGGUAAUGAGGACUGACACUUCAGUGACCAUGUGGACUGAAGCCUUGAUGGUUAUGAGGACUAACACUUUGGUGGCCAUAUGGACUGAAGCCUUGUUGGUUAUGAGGACUGACACUUUGGUGGCCAUAUGGAUUGAAGCCUUGAUGGUUAUGAGGACUGACACUUCGUUGGCCAUGUGGACUGAAGCCUUGUUUGUUAUGAGGACUGACACUUCAGUGGCCAUGUGGACUGAAGCCUUGUUUAUUAUGAGGAAUGACACUUCAGUGGCCAUAUGGACUUAA